GGCAUGCCUUUCGGAUUCAUGAAUAAAAAACCGAGGGGAGUUAAGUUCACAGGACGCAGGAAAGUUCUCCGCAGACAAAUGUUUGGCGCUCUCCAUGACCGAGUACACGUAGAAAUCCCCGAGAACUGAGCUGCGGGCGCACGGAGGGCUGCACACUCGGAACAAGCACAAGGAGACCGGAGAGGCGCUUCACUGAGGGAACAGAGGAAGAGGAGGAGAGAGAGGCUGAGAUAGAGAUCCUAUCUCACUCUCCCAGUUGAGAUCUUCAGCGGAUCGCGUCUCAUCACUGCAGGACAAUGUCUAGUAAAGCGACUUUAGCCUUACUCAUCUAUGGAAUCAUAAUGCAUUACAGCGUCAACUGCUCACCUGUGGGGCUUAGCUUUCCCAGUGUUAGACUCGACAGUGAGGUUUAUGAUGAGGAUGGAAACUCCUUGCCGUCCCUGGAUUACGACAGAGACCAAAUAGAUGUGAGAAGCCCCCCGUCCGUCCCUGACGACGUCUACACUUUGUAUUACCCACCAGAGAAAAGAACGGAAAGGCAUGCAGACGGCAUGUUUAAUAAAGCCUACAGGAAAGCGCUGGGUCAGUUAUCAGCAAGGAAAUAUCUGCAUUCUCUGAUGGCAAAACGUGUAGGCGGGGGGAAAACACUGGACGACAGUUCAGAGCCUCUGUCCAAGCGACACUCAGACGGGAUCUUCACAGACAGCUACAGCCGCUACCGAAAGCAAAUGGCGGUCAAGAAAUACCUGGCGGCAGUCCUUGGGAAAAGCCUUGAAGACAUAGGUUUUCACCGUAUCCUACAAGACAUAGACUUUGAUGCCCUCCCGGACGGGGAUGAGUUUGAGGCUUUUUUGGGAGACUGGCUGAAACAGUUCUCUCCCCAAUUUCCGGUGAGUUUCAGGCUCUUUCCCGAGGCCGUAAUCCUCGCAGGGGCGUCUCAUGCCCCGCCCUUUUCUUCUCACCUUUAACCCUCAAACACUCAACUCUUCUUCCGCCUCUUUAGUGCUCCUGUCUCUCUGAGAGUCUCACAGAUUUUUUUUUAUCUUUAAUCCCACCUUAUCCCACAAUGUGGAGAGUCUUUGCUCAGACCGAUAUGUUUUACAUAUCACUUGAUUGAAAGAUACAGAUUUAUCCUCCUCAUGGAUGCAAAGAUAUUUUAAUAGAUCUGGGUAAGACCAGAUGAGCCCUGUUGGCUUAAAAAACUUUUAAAAUGCCAAUUAUUAAUUUUUUUAAAUCCACAAAUCUGAGAUGAGGACCAGAGUACUUCUGAGGUUCUUCUUUUCUUCUGCAGUGUUUACAGAGACACCUUUGACUCAUGUAAAUCGCCAACCUUGUGUUUCUAUCGACUGGUUUCUGCUGAGGGUUUUCUCACAUCUCUCUGCCCAUAUAAUAAGUAUCACUAACAUCUCAAGCAUCAGGCAAAAAAAGCAUAAAAAAAGAAGAUACUUGUUACAUGGUGACUUCUCCAUCGAUUUGUUCUUUGUGGGAGACGUACAAGGCAGUUUGAACUUUUGUGUUCUGGGUCUAUUGUGCUUCUCUUUUCUGUCAUGUGAACCGAUGUAAAAACAAACAAACAAACAAA